GCGGGCAAAGUGCCGGAGCAGAAAAGAAAAACCACGGCUUGGUUGCGCGCGUCUGUUGCGCACGCAUCAGGUGGGCACUUGGAGACUCGCAUCUGGAUGGCUGAUUUACGCUCCAAAGAAAUCUCGAAUGUUUCCAUGCAAUUCGUAUUGUGAUGCAACUGUUGGCGUACAUCGCGGGAUUUCUGAAAGGUCAAUCGUCCGAAUGUUCGUGCGGGAGCUCCCGUGACGCACUUGGACAGCUGACAUCUAUUCGAACAAAAUACAAGGCACAGAGAAGCAGGGGCGCACAAAGAGCUUCGGGUCGAUUCGUCUGGCAACUUUUCAAGUUCACAAGUAAACCAUGAAUCUUACAGAGUCGCGCUGGCUCAUGGAAGAGCCGUGGAACCCGAACCGAACAGAGGAAGAGCAACUUUUAUUCGGGAUCGGCACGGAUAAUCUCAUCACGCUGGUGAUUUUUGCUCUCAUCUUCGUGCUCGGUGUGCUGGGUAACUCCAUGGUGAUCACCGUCCUAGCCAGGAGCAAACCGGGAAAACCACGUAGCACCACCAACAUUUUCAUCCUCAACCUGAGCAUCGCAGACCUGUCCUACCUGCUCUUUUGCGUCCCUUUCCAGUCUACCAUCUACAUGAUGCAAACCUGGGUCCUGGGCGCCUUCAUUUGUAAAUUUAUCCACUAUUUCUUCACGGUUUCCAUGCUGGUCAGCAUCUUCACCCUCUCGGCAAUGUCUGUGGACAGAUACGUGGCCAUCGUACACUCCAGAAAGUCUUCCAGGAUCAGGGUGGCCAAACAUGCCUUCAUCGGGGUGGUGGUCAUUUGGAUUCUUUCCCUGUCCAUGGCAGCGCCCAUCAUGUAUUACCAGAACAUCAUCCAUGGGGGAGAAAAUCUAACAUUUUGCUGGGAAGUGUGGCCGGACCAAAACCAGAAAAAAAUCUACGUGGUUUGCUCCUUUGUUUUUGGCUACGUGCUGCCACUGCUGCUCAUAUCUUUUUGCUAUUCAAAGGUUUUAAAACAUUUACACAAAAAACUGAGGAAUAUGUCCAAAAAGUCUGAGGCAUCAAAGAAAAAGACAGCUCAGACGGUGCUGGUUGUGGUGGUGGUCUUCUGUCUGUCGUGGCUCCCUCAUCACGUGGUUCACCUCUGGGUAGAAUUCGGGACCUUCCCACUGAACCAGGCUUCCUUUUUGCUGCGGAUUGCCGCCCACUGCCUGGCGUACAGCAACUCAUCUGUUAACCCAGUUAUCUACGCUUUCCUGUCAGAAAACUUCAGGAAGGCUUAUACGCAGGUGUUCAAAUGCCAAAUUGGCGCAGAGGACGUGCUGUUUAAUGAGAUUAAGGAGAUCCGCAGCAAGGCAGACGCACCGCCUUCAACGAACUGCACCAACGUUUGAUUUAGAAGGUGUGCACAGAAGCGUACAUAUAAUUCACGGCGACUGUUAGACUCCGACUGAAUUGAAGGGCACAGUGACAGGCCAAAUUUCAGAUAUUCCGUGGAUGAAGCCACGGCUGUUCCACUUAAGCGCUGUAAGGUUGAAAUGAUUUGCACAUUGUUUUCGAUAUGAUACAUAAUCAUGUCAAAUGUUAUUCGCUCAUGUCUAAUCUUUUUCUUUUGGGUGAAUCUGAAAUUGAGGCAUGCACUCUCACAAAUCCAAAUCAGAAUCAUCUUUAUUGGCCAAGUAUGUAGAACACACAAGGAAUUUGUCUCCGGUAUAACACGCUGCACUAGUAUCAUCGUAAACAACAAAAUCAUUGAACCAUUUU